AUGUCUUCAACUAUUUCAACUGUGACUAAAAUUGAGUUGAAGCAUUUGGUAGAUGAGAAACGUAGCGAGAUAUUAUCGGAAGGAAACAAAGGAAUCCGAUCGUCCACCAAUCAAAUGAAGGUCGUCUUAAUCAAAGGGGCCUCGUACGGGCGCAUGCAUAAGGGAAGAUGUGUGGAAACACAUACAAACUGCAGUAUAGACGCCACAGCGUACAUGGACUCACUCUGCUCUGCCAAAACUUCAUGUGAGGUCUAUGUGGCCGAAGCAGCGCUGCACCGCUUGGGCGUCUGCUCCAAAGAGUUUAGUAGCUACCUGGAGGCUGACUACAUGUGUGUGCUAGCGACACUGCCGACAGACUGCUCCAAAGACGACCACCUCGUCGUUCACGCCCACCAAGAUGGCUACCUCUUGCCGCCAUAUUGGACCGGAAGUAGUGAGGCAUCAUUGAAAACCGGAAAUACGUCGACGGGAAGUUGUUACAAUAUUAAGGUCAAGGUUGAGAAGGGUCAAAAACUACAAGUGACCUUGUUAAAUUUCAACAUCUUUCAGCAGCAGCAGCAGCAAUUUAAAGAAAUAUCCUGCCCAAUAGUCGCAACUAUCACAGAGAACUUUAAAAUGACAGACAACGAAAUUAACAACAACGACGACGACGACAUCAACAACAACAUCGUGAAACAACAACAACAACAACAUCAAACCAGUCUGGCUAAUCCAAACAGAGAUACAAAGAAUAAAAUAGACAACAAAACUGUCAGACUCAGCAGCACCACCACCAACAACAACAACUUUGCAAGUGUUCAAAUCUCGCUUUGUUCACGAGCGGAACGAGAAGUCACGUGGUACACUUCCGUAUCCCAUGACGUCACAAUUUCUUACACGUCCGCCAUGUCUUUUAAGACGCUACCGAAUUUUAUCCUCAAAUAUAAAGUGCUGGGCUGCAAGCAUCCCACACUUCCCGCCAAAAGUUGGAUGACGUCAGAUGGUCACGUGGCUACCAUCCGUUGCAACGAAACAAAACAGCAGUGGUCCAUGAACUGCGUGUUAAAUAAGUGGCAAGGAGAGAUGAUGAACUGCUCAGAACCCUUCAGCAAACAGAAUAAUGGACAGAAGCUGGUUAGAACGAAUGAAGAAAAUUUUCCAUACGGUGAGUAUUAA